AUGCAGCCACCACACGGGUAUCCGAUGACCCAACAUCCCUCAAUCCCAGCAACGCUCUUGCCGGAGCACCACCCCCAUUUCCAACAGCAGUUUGCACACCAGAGAUUCCCCGGUCCUGCACCACAAGCAGGGGUCCCAGCUACCAUGCUUCCCGAGCAGCAGAUGCAUCACCUAACGCAGCCCAGCUCUGGGGUCCCGGCGAAGCAGCCCGGGGUCCCGGCAACCAUGCUGCCAGCAGACCACAGAGACCAGCAAUAUGCACCAAUGCAACCACACCAGCCCCAGAGAUAUCCGGCACAGCAGCCGACUAUCCCGGCAACCCUGCUUCCCGAGCAGUUACAGAUGCCUCAUGCAAUGCCCAUGCAUGGCCCAGGCCCCGGCCAGCCCCUCCACGAACUGCAGCCUCCCUUCCUAGACCAUCGUCUCCAGGAGAUCUUAAAACCGGAGGCGCCACGGCCAGAGCAGCCCCUGCCAAACCGCGACUCCAUUCAGAUAUACCAGCUCCCUCCACAAGGAGGGCAGGUACCCCCAACGCAGCCCCAGAACUUUCAGCUACCUCAGCAGAUACAGGUUCCGGCCAGGCCUUCGGCCACUAUCCCUGGCUACCAGCCGCCAGUGGAGGCGAUGCCAGGGGCACCCCACUUAGCGCAGCCACAGCCACAUCCGGGGCCGCGGCCUUGGCAGCCUGAAGAGGGGCAUGGGAAUGAGUAA